UUUCUAUUUCCAUGUUGUCUUCUAGUUCUUUCUUCUUUGUGUUUUGUUGCAAAUUUCCUUAGUUUUCAGUAAUCUGAAAAUUCACUGCAUAAUUUAUUACCCCAAAAGAAAAGCUAUGGAUGAGAGGAUGAUGGAGGCUGCCCAAACAGGAGAUAUUAACCUCUUGUAUGAGUUGAUUCUGAAUGAUCCAUAUGCUUUACAGCGUAUUGAUGAUGUGCCUUUUUUUCAUACUCCAUUGCAUGUAGCUGCCUCUGCUGGGCAUAUUGAAUUUAUGAUGGAGAUGAUCAACUUGAAGCCCUCGUUUGCAAGAAAGCUAAACCAAGCUGGGUUUAGCCCCUUGCACUUGGCUCUGCAGAAUAACAGAACCCAAGGAGUGCUUCAACUCCUCAAGUUUGACAAUGGCCUUGUUCGUGUCAAAGGGAGGGAGGGUUUCACUCCUCUGCACCAUGUGAUUCAAACUGGAGAUGUUGAUCUUUUGAUAAAAUUCCUUAAGGUUUGUCCCGAGGCCAUAAAAGAUGUGACUGUUCGAAACGAGACGGUUUUCCAUCUUGCAGUAAAAAGCGACAUGUUUGAAGCUUUCCAAGUCCUGGUGGGGUGGCUUAUAAGAAGCCACCAUGUGUCUGCCCAACGUUGGGAGAAUGAACUACUGAGUUGGGCAGACAUUGAUGGCAACACUGUGCUACACAUUGCAGCUAUCACAAACAGUCCUCGGGUGGUGAAAGUAUUGCUGGGACACUUGCGUCGAGACCAAAUCAAUGCCAAAAAUUUGGAGGGAUUAACAGCUCUAGAUAUCCAAUCACAAUACCCCUGGAAUGAAAGGCAAGCGGAUAGGAUUAUAGAUAUGCUAAGCAAAGCAGGAGGUUUGAGUGCUUCCUCUCCCUCGCUUCCCAAUACCUCCUUCACUUCAAUCUACAUCAAAUCUUUAAAAGACAAGAUGUCAUGGAUUCAAAAAUGGGAAACAAGAGCAGGUCGAGGAAUGAAGCGUAUGCCACAUGAGAUGCGUAGCACAUUUCUAGUAGUGACAGUGCUAAUUAUAACAACCACUUUCGAAGCCUCUUUAAACCCUCCAAAUAAGCCUGAUGACAGCUCAUCCAUGAAAUACCAAGUCUCUUUAAGUCAAGAUCAGCCGCCUCUCAAUUCCCACACAUUUUGGCACAAAACCGACUUCAAUACUGCACCCAUACCCAGUCCCUCCGCAGUGGACGUUUCGAAAAAAGAUGCUGGGACAUCUGAAUACUCCUUGUUUUGGUUUUACAACACUUUGACCUUCUGGGCAGCACUGUUUUUAACAGCAAUUCUCCUACCAUCUCAUUUAUUCUCUUCGUUGAUUCUCCUAAUACUUCUCUCCUUUGGGUUCACUUUCAUAAAUUUAUUUAAAGUUUCCUCAUGGUCAUGGGAACAUUCAUAUGAGUUUUCCAAAAAAAGCGCACACAUUUUAUUUAACGUAACCUCCAUUUUUAAUAAUGUCUUCUUAUUCAUCCUAUUAUUCCUUAUACCAAGCCAGUUACUCUUUGAUUUUGCCACGCUGUUAAUGUUUCAUGUUUCCAGUUUAGUGGAUCCCGUCGAAUCUAAAUGCCAAAAGCGUAAUGAAGUUUUGGGGUUUGUAUUAGUGAUGGUGAUGGAGUAG